AUGGAAUACUCAGCCUCAGACUCUCAGAAUGUCUCUUCGCGACUGUCGCGAGCCCUCCUCCACCUCAUUCAAGAAGCCCAUGAACGACACUCGCACUCCAUCCACAAUACAGACUGGAUUCUGGAGAUGGAUACCUGGGCUCAGCUGGAAACACUGAGAGGAUUGCUGUGCCAGCGGCCUCCAGUUCCCAGACUGCCAUCAGAUAUUCUGUGCGACAUUGAUGCCGUUAUCCAGCACCAACACAGCCACAGCUUGUUGACUCCAUCAGCAUCAAUCCACCCCAGUGCUGAAAUUAAAAAUCCACACUCAGGCAGAUUAUCCGUAAACCUAUCUGUCUGGAAAGGCGACAUCACCACUCUGACAGACGUCACGGCCAUCGUCAACGCAGCCAACUCUGAACUACUGGGCUGUUUCCGUCCUGAACAUCGCUGCAUCGACAAUGUCAUCCACUCUGCCGCUGGUCCACGACUCCGCGAUGCAUGUCACUCUCUCAUGCUGGAUCAGGGGUAUCCAGAACCAGUGGGAUCGGUGAAAGUGACGCCGGGGUUUAAUAUUCCAGCUUCAUGGGUCUUGCAUACGGUUGGCCCUCAACUUAGGCCUAAGCAGAGGCCUAGUGCUGUGCAUCGAACCCAACUCGCAGAAUGCUAUCGAUCGUGUCUUGAGGCUGCACAGUCUCUUCCUCCGCUUCCUGAUGGUCGGAAAGUGGUGGUUUUCUGCUGCAUCUCGACUGGGCUGUUUGCGUUUCCAUCCGACGUGGCUGCAAAGAUUGCAUUAGAGACGGUGGUAGAGUGGUGUAUAGACCAUCCAGGUACAUCUUUGACAGACAUCAUUUUCGAUACAUUCCUUGAGAGAGAUUGGGAGCUAUAUCGAGACAAUAUCCAAACACUACGAACCUCCGACCAGAUAAUUCUUGCAUCAACUCCACCAAAACCAACUUUACCACAUAUCAUCACAUCCCCCGCAAUCACCAAAGCACGAACAUGGAUAGAAGAAGCAGACUACCUGAUCAUCACAGCCGGCGCCGGCCUAUCCGCAGCCACAGGCCUCGAUUACACCUCCACCGAGCUCUUCCAAAAGCACUUCCCAGCCUUCACCCACCUCGGCCUGAGACGAUUAUACGACGUCUUCGGAUACGAAUGGAGCUCGCUGAGGCAUAAAUGGGGAUACUAUUUCCUCCACCUGAACAUGGUGCGGAACUGGCCUCUCUCGCCUCUCUAUGCAGCUCUGCGUGACCUUGUAUCAAACCGCUUUGAAUCACGGUCGUUUAUACGUACUUCCAAUGCGGAUGGGUUAUUCGUGGCGAAUGGAUUCGAGGCUGAGAUGGUGUCUACGCCGCAGGGACAGUAUCGAUUUUUGCAAUGUUUUGCUAAAUGUCGAGUGGAUGCUGUGUUUCCCUCUGCGCCAUUCCUCGAUGCGGCUCUCCCGUUCAUCGACUACGACACGCAGAUCCUCACGGAUGAGUCCAAGAUUCCACGAUGCCAGUACUGCGGUGGUGAGUUGACGAUUUGCGUGCGCGGCGGCGACUACUUCAACCCAGCCCCCUUUCGAGGCCAGGAGCGGAAAUGGAGACGGUUUCUGGGAGAGGUGUCGCAAGACCUUGACAACAGCGCGGAUAAUUCUUCGGGAGCUGCGAGGGCUGUCGUUCUUGAGCUGGGGGUAGGGCUUAAUACCCCGGGUGUGCUGCGAUGGCCGAAUGAAGAACUGGUGGAAGAGUCGUCGAGUCGUGGGUUUCGGUUGAUCCGGGCUGGGAUGGGAGCGUCUGGAUGUGUUUCUUGGGAUUUGGAGGAGCAGGAUUUGGCGGUUGGGAUUGAAGGGGAUUUGAAUGUGAUUAUUCACUCGCUCUUAUAUCUGGCAUAG